AUGUCUCGCCCGCCACGCCGGACGCCAUCGGAAUUCACGGUCGGAAUACAGGGUAUUGAAGCGAGCAUGAACGAAGGUGUGCCGAUGAUGUACCACGGGAACGGGGGCUUUGGAGGCCCCGGCCAAAUGUUCCUGAUGAGUGGGCAGGCCGAGCGCACAACGCGUCACUACCCGUUGGACGCUCUGCAGAACCUAAGCGGCUCGCCUGGUGGUCACAACACACCCCGCCGCUGGCAGCCCCGCCGCGAACGACAUCCCAACCCCAAGAAUGCAGACAAUACUGCAUUUGGAUAUGACUCUGAUGACUCCAGCCUAUCAAGCAAUGCAUCAGGCUCGAAUAAGUCAGGAGAGAAAGGUGAGGAGGUCGCCCGCAACUCAGAGCGCACGCACUACACAGGCGGGUGGGUUGCGCGGGAGUGGCGCGGGCGGCGUAGCCACGUGGCGCGCCCGCAGCGACGCAUCGCACCCGAGCGGUACCUCAACGGUUCCUACCCCUUCCAAGUUAAAUUCACGCCUGACGAUUUGCUCAACGGAUCCAAAUGGGACACAUUGUCACAAGAAAUUUGGGAUAAGUUUAUAAAGUCACAACAAACAGAAGAGACGUUUAGAAAGAAAAUGAAUCUUUGGAGAUAUCUUUUUAUCACAAUCAAGACGAUAUUCCCUCGCUACGGGCUCUACGUGGUGGGGUCGUCAAUGUCUGGCUUCGGCCUGGACUCGUCCGACAUGGACCUGUGCCUGUACGUGCGGCCUGUGGACGACCUAGACCCGCGAGCGCACGCCCUACUACACCUCAACUACAUCCUCAGCUAUAUCAGAAGUUUUGAUCCUAACGCGGAGUUGAUCCAGGCGAAGGUGCCGAUCCUGAAGUUCCGCGACUCUCGCAACGGCCUGCAGGUGGACCUCAACUGUAACAACGUCGUGGGUAUACGCAACACUAACUUGUUACAUUGUUACUCGAGGCUGGACUGGCGCGUGAGGCCGCUGGUGGCGCUGACGAAGCUGUGGGCGCAGGCGCACGACAUCAACGACGCGAGACACCGCACGCUCUCCUCCUACUCGCUCACGCUCAUGGCGCACGACAUCAACGACGCGAGACACCGCACGCUCUCCUCCUACUCGCUCACGCUCAUGGUCAUACACUUGCUGCAGUGUAAGUCGCUUUGUACCUUACUGACGAGGCUGUGGGCGCAGGCGCACGACAUCAACGACGCGAGACACCGCACGCUCUCCUCCUACUCGCUCACGCUCAUGGUCAUACACUUCCUGCAGUGUAAGUCGCUUUGUACCUUACUGACGAGGCUGUGGGCGCAGGCGCACGACAUCAACGACGCGAGACACCGCACGCUCUCCUCCUACUCGCUCACGCUCAUGGUCAUACACUUCCUGCAGUGUAAGUCGCUUUGUACCUUACUGACGAGGCUGUGGGCGCAGGCGCACGACAUCAACGACGCGAGACACCGCACGCUCUCCUCCUACUCGCUCACGCUCAUGGUCAUACACUUCCUGCAGUGUAAGUCGCUUUGUACCUUACUGACGAGGCUGUGGGCGCAGGCGCACGACAUCAACGACGCGAGACACCGCACGCUCUCCUCCUACUCGCUCACGCUCAUGGUCAUACACUUCCUGCAGUGUAAGUCGCUUUGUACCUUACUGACGAGGCUGUGGGCGCAGGCGCACGACAUCAACGACGCGAGACACCGCACGCUCUCCUCCUACUCGCUCACGCUCAUGGUCAUACACUUCCUGCAGUGUAAGUCGCUUUGUACCUUACUGACGAGGCUGUGGGCGCAGGCGCACGACAUCAACGACGCGAGACACCGCACGCUCUCCUCCUACUCGCUCACGCUCAUGGUCAUACACUUCCUGCAGUGUAAGUCGCUUUGUACCUUACUGACGAGGCUGUGGGCGCAGGCGCACGACAUCAACGACGCGAGACACCGCACGCUCUCCUCCUACUCGCUCACGCUCAUGGUCAUACACUUCCUGCAGUGUAAGUCGCUUUGUACCUUACUGACGAGGCUGUGGGCGCAGGCGCACGACAUCAACGACGCGAGACACCGCACGCUCUCCUCCUACUCGCUCACGCUCAUGGUCAUACACUUCCUGCAGUGUAAGUCGCUUUGUACCUUACUGACGAGGCUGUGGGCGCAGGCGCACGACAUCAACGACGCGAGACACCGCACGCUCUCCUCCUACUCGCUCACGCUCAUGGUCAUACACUUCCUGCAGUGUAAGUCGCUUUGUACCUUACUGACGAGGCUGUGGGCGCAGGCGCACGACAUCAACGACGCGAGACACCGCACGCUCUCCUCCUACUCGCUCACGCUCAUGGUCAUACACUUCCUGCAGUGUAAGUCGCUUUGUACCUUACUGACGAGGCUGUGGGCGCAGGCGCACGACAUCAACGACGCGAGACACCGCACGCUCUCCUCCUACUCGCUCACGCUCAUGGUCAUACACUUCCUGCAGUGUAAGUCGCUUUGUACCUUACUGACGAGGCUGUGGGCGCAGGCGCACGACAUCAACGACGCGAGACACCGCACGCUCUCCUCCUACUCGCUCACGCUCAUGGUCAUACACUUCCUGCAGUGUAAGUCGCUUUGUACCUUACUGACGAGGCUGUGGGCGCAGGCGCACGACAUCAACGACGCGAGACACCGCACGCUCUCCUCCUACUCGCUCACGCUCAUGGUCAUACACUUCCUGCAGUGUAAGUCGCUUUGUACCUUACUGACGAGGCUGUGGGCGCAGGCGCACGACAUCAACGACGCGAGACACCGCACGCUCUCCUCCUACUCGCUCACGCUCAUGGUCAUACACUUCCUGCAGUGUAAGUCGCUUUGUACCUUACUGACGAGGCUGUGGGCGCAGGCGCACGACAUCAACGACGCGAGACACCGCACGCUCUCCUCCUACUCGCUCACGCUCAUGGUCAUACACUUCCUGCAGUGUAAGUCGCUUUGUACCUUACUGACGAGGCUGUGGGCGCAGGCGCACGACAUCAACGACGCGAGACACCGCACGCUCUCCUCCUACUCGCUCACGCUCAUGGUCAUACACUUCCUGCAGUGUAAGUCGCUUUGUACCUUACUGACGAGGCUGUGGGCGCAGGCGCACGACAUCAACGACGCGAGACACCGCACGCUCUCCUCCUACUCGCUCACGCUCAUGGUCAUACACUUCCUGCAGUGUAAGUCGCUUUGUACCUUACUGACGAGGCUGUGGGCGCAGGCGCACGACAUCAACGACGCGAGACACCGCACGCUCUCCUCCUACUCGCUCACGCUCAUGGUCAUACACUUCCUGCAGUGUAAGUCGCUUUGUACCUUACUGACGAGGCUGUGGGCGCAGGCGCACGACAUCAACGACGCGAGACACCGCACGCUCUCCUCCUACUCGCUCACGCUCAUGGUCAUACACUUCCUGCAGUGUAAGUCGCUUUGUACCUUACUGACGAGGCUGUGGGCGCAGGCGCACGACAUCAACGACGCGAGACACCGCACGCUCUCCUCCUACUCGCUCACGCUCAUGGUCAUACACUUCCUGCAGUGUAAGUCGCUUUGUACCUUACUGACGAGGCUGUGGGCGCAGGCGCACGACAUCAACGACGCGAGACACCGCACGCUCUCCUCCUACUCGCUCACGCUCAUGGUCAUACACUUCCUGCAGUGUAAGUCGCUUUGUACCUUACUGACGAGGCUGUGGGCGCAGGCGCACGACAUCAACGACGCGAGACACCGCACGCUCUCCUCCUACUCGCUCACGCUCAUGGUCAUACACUUCCUGCAGUGUAAGUCGCUUUGUACCUUACUGACGAGGCUGUGGGCGCAGGCGCACGACAUCAACGACGCGAGACACCGCACGCUCUCCUCCUACUCGCUCACGCUCAUGGUCAUACACUUCCUGCAGUGUAAGUCGCUUUGUACCUUACUGACGAGGCUGUGGGCGCAGGCGCACGACAUCAACGACGCGAGACACCGCACGCUCUCCUCCUACUCGCUCACGCUCAUGGUCAUACACUUCCUGCAGUGUAAGUCGCUUUGUACCUUACUGACGAGGCUGUGGGCGCAGGCGCACGACAUCAACGACGCGAGACACCGCACGCUCUCCUCCUACUCGCUCACGCUCAUGGUCAUACACUUCCUGCAGUGUAAGUCGCUUUGUACCUUACUGACGAGGCUGUGGGCGCAGGCGCACGACAUCAACGACGCGAGACACCGCACGCUCUCCUCCUACUCGCUCACGCUCAUGGUCAUACACUUCCUGCAGUGUAAGUCGCUUUGUACCUUACUGACGAGGCUGUGGGCGCAGGCGCACGACAUCAACGACGCGAGACACCGCACGCUCUCCUCCUACUCGCUCACGCUCAUGGUCAUACACUUCCUGCAGUGUAAGUCGCUUUGUACCUUACUGACGAGGCUGUGGGCGCAGGCGCACGACAUCAACGACGCGAGACACCGCACGCUCUCCUCCUACUCGCUCACGCUCAUGGUCAUACACUUCCUGCAGUGUAAGUCGCUUUGUACCUUACUGACGAGGCUGUGGGCGCAGGCGCACGACAUCAACGACGCGAGACACCGCACGCUCUCCUCCUACUCGCUCACGCUCAUGGUCAUACACUUCCUGCAGUGUGGCACGUCCCCCCCCAUCCUGCCGCGCGCGAGCGAGGCGGGCCUGGCUCACGACGCGCGCCGCGUCCACAACCGCACCACGCUCGCUGAGCUGUUCCUGCACAUGCUGCGGUACUACGCUGACUUCCCGUACGACAAGAUGGCGGUGUCGGUGCGGCUGGGCGCGCGCGUGCCCGUGGCGGAGUGUCGCGCGGCGCGCGCGCACAAGAACGACCCGCACCAGUGGAAGCUGCUCUGCGUCGAGGAGCCCUUCGACCUCACCAACACGGCGCGCUCCGUGUACGACCCCGACACCUUCGACAAGAUCGUGGCCACGUUCCGCGACAGCCACGCGCGCCUGGCCGCGGGGCUGCGCCUGGCCGACGCGUGGCCGCAGCCGCGCCGAUGA